AUGGGUAACUCCAAGCCACCAAUAAAGAAUAUGGGUAACUCUGACCCAACAAUAAAUGAACAAUAUGGGAAGACAACAGAACACUUUGUGGAGAUUCAUUAUGUAUGUUAUAAUUGUAGGAAGACAACAGAACACUUUGUGGAGAUUCAUUAUGUAUGUUAUAAUUCUAGGAUGACAGCAGAACACUUUGUGGAGAUUCAUCAUGAUGACAACAGAACACUUUGUGGAGAUUCAUUAUGUAACAAUUAUUCCACCUGUAUUUCUACGUCAUCAACCAAGAAAAUCUGCAUUGCUACAGAAUGUUCAGAACCUGUCCCUUUCCUGGAAAAUGGAAUCAUUCUACGUCAGAACUAUAAUCCUCCUUCUGUAACAUUUGGCUGUCAACAGAACUACAUUGCCGUAGGUCAAGGGAACACAACAACCUGUACACCCGGAGGUAAAUGGUCACCUCUUUCUUUGAUCUGCGAAUUCCUGGGUUCAAUACGAUUACAAAGCGGAAGUUCGCCAAACGAAGGCAGGGUUGAACUUUCUAUCAACAACACAUGGGGAACCAUUUGUGAUGAUGCCUGGACGGAAACAGAAGCUCGGGUUGUUUGCCAAAUGAUGGGGUAUACCGGUAUCGCCACUCCUAGAACCGCUGCCUAUUUUGGGGAAGGUGAGGGUCCUAUCUGGUUAGACGGUGUAAAAUGCUCUGGGUCGGAGUCUCAUCUUCUGUUGUGUGAACAUUCCCCAAUAGGAAGCCAUAAUUGUUAUCAUUUUUAAGAUGCCGGUG